AAGGUUGUUGGUCGGGGAAAACAACCUAAUCACUUAAUAAAACACUUCAAAAGCGCGACACGAAUUUGUUCGACACGGAUUAGUGCCUCUGAUGAAAAUCUACGUGUGAGAACUUCUCUUGUUAGCAUGAUGUUUCUCUGCGAUAGCUCACAAGACUGUCUUCUAGUGCAAUUUGCAUCCAUUACGGGCCUAGAACCGGCCCGAUGGGGGUGUAACUUUGGGCCGGGCCCAUUCCAUUGGCCCGGUCAAGCGAGGGGUAGAGAGAGAGAGAGAGAGAGUUCUCGAUUUGUACUUUCCCUCUCUGCCGUGGCAUCGUCGUCGCGUCGAAGUGGAACUGCUCUGCCAAAGUUCCGGCGGACACCCAAGUUGCAAUGAGCGCAGGUGGUGCAUUUGGAGGGAACAGGGGAUUGCGACCAGUACCUCCAGAGAAAGGUGUCUUCCCCUUGGAUCACAUGCACGAAUGUGACGUGGAGAAGAAGGAUUAUCUCAGUUGCCUCAAAUCUUCAAGUCAUCAAUCUGAAAAAUGUAGACAGUUCUCAAAAAAGUAUUUGGAGUGUCGUAUGGCAAAGAACUUGAUGGCAAGGCAAGAAAUGUCGGAACUAGGAUUUGGAAAGGAAACUGAAGCCGAAGCUCCAGCAGAGAAUGAAUCUAAGAGGAUCGAUGGGUGAUUCUUCAUUUGCUGGCUUAUGGAUAGACUAUACAGAAAGUAACAUUUACCAGGUCGCAACACCGGGCAAGUCCUUGCGAAAUUGAAGUAGCAGUAACAAUGCUGUUUCUCUUUAUUUGUUCGACUGCAUCAGUGAGUACGGA